UUCCAGAUUUUCGUACGACUUUCUUAAAAUUUCCACUCACUUCCUCGACUGUCCGUAUUUUUAUGCUGCAAGUGUGACAAACAACUGCGAGUGCCGCAGACAUGGCCUCGUCGGAAGCUCCACCCCUGUCAGGACUGCAGGACUGGGAGUACGUCAAGCAGGGCAUCGCACUUUGGCUCAACAACCAACCGAAGGCGGCCGAGGAGAGCUUCAAAAAUCGCGAAUCCAGCGUGCACAUCGUCGCCGGGCACACGUUUAUCUCGUUUAUGAACGCCAUAAUUUCGUGGGAAACGGACAAGAUGAACGAGGCCCAGGCCCUGCUGCGGGAGCUGGAGAAAAAGUGCGCCGGCGACAUCGGUUGGCUUCGGACGAUGCGGACCAAGUUGUUUGGCGGCGGCAGCGGCGACCCCCAGAAAUCGUUGGCCGCGACCUUGGAGGAGCAGAUCAUCCUGGCAGACACCCAACUGUGCCUGGCCAUUCUGGUGUCGCUUAGCCAGGACAUUGGCGGCUUCGUCAAGGGCGGUUGGCUGCUGCGCAAGGCCUGGAAGGUCUACCAGCACACGUACGGGCAAAUUUAUCAGCUGUACUGCCGGGUGGUGAAGGUUCCGGAGCAGGAUGAGGAGGAGGAGAUGGUGGCUGGCCCUCAGGCGCCACUUCGGCACAAGCUGGACGUGGGACGGCUUGAGCUGGGAACGCCGUCGUCCGUGGAGUGGACCGUGCCCAACUCGGUGCUGCAGACGCCGGACGGGAUUGAUGAUAACGAAAUCCACCUAGCCAUCGCCCGUCCCAGCACCGAGGAUCUCCGCCGGGAAAUCUCUAGAUCGCGCACAUUGUUUUUCGCACAAAGCACCGAUCAGACCAGCGCCGUGGACAAACCUGAACCUCCACCGGAAGACCCCAGCAGCGGUAGCACCACCACCACCGGUGGCAGCUGUGGCAACGUCAAAAGGAGCCUAACCACCCAGUUUGAGGGAUUCGAUCUUAACCAGCAGAGCUCGCAGAGUUCCAGUCGACGGGAUUCCAAUGGGGAGCCAACGCCGGCCGAGAUGGCAGCAAAGACUUGCCGGGAUAAUUUGAGACUUGAAUUUGAGGGGUUCAGUACGAAGCUUCGCGGGCGAAACGGAUUGAACGGGUUCCGACCGAGGCCACCGCCGGAACCGGUGAACCACGAAGGGGAUGGUGUUGGGCCCGGUGGAUGCGAGGACCGGCCAAUCGAUCCGGACGACGUGCGGCGGUUGAUGGGCGCGGUCAGCUUCGGUUACGGCGUGUUCCAGCUUAGCAUCUCGUUGCUUCCGCCCAGUUUGCUCAAGUUGAUCAGCUUUCUGGGGUUCGAGGGGGAUCGAGCGAUGGGAGUGGCCUGUUUGAUGCACUCGAGGAUCAGCUCGGACAUGCGGGCGCCACUGUCCACGUUGGGCCUGCUGUGGUACUACACGAUCGUGACGCCGUUUUUCGCGCUGGAUGGGUCGAACUUGCACCACGAGAUCUGCUCGGCGCAGGAGCUGAUCGACGAGUCGAACGAUCAGUUUGCCAAGUCUUCGCUGUUUCUGUUCUUUAGGGGAAGGGUCGAGCGGUUAAAGUCCAACAUAAAGGAAGCGAUUCAGGCGUACGAGGUAGCGUACCGAUCGUCGGCUCAGCGCGAGAUCAAGCUGCUUUGUCUGCACGAAAUUGGCUGGUGUCGACUGAUCCAACUGGACUACGGCAAAGCUAUGAAGAACUUCAAGGAGUUGAGACGUUGCAGCCUCUUCUCCAAGAGCUUCUACGCGUACCUGACCGUCAUCUGCCAGGGCGCGCACGGGUACUUUGACGAGCUGGUCCGCUGGCAGACGGAGAUCACCGAGCUGCUGAGUCGAUCCACUCAGAAAGAGUCCCAGAUCGAGAAGUACAUCGCCCGACGGUGUUCGAAGAUCCCACGCGCAGAAACGGAACAAGAAAAGUUCGACCCUCUGUACUGGCGUCUGCUGGUCUACGAGAUGCUGUUCAUGUGGAACGCCCUGAACAGCUGCCACGAGUCGACGCUGCAAGCGAUCGUGCAAGACUGCGGUAAGCCGCCGGAAGAACUCAACGAACCCUCGAUCGGUCUCGGCCGGUUGAUCCUGGGAGCUGCUUUGGUCUGCCUCAAACGGUACGAGGAAGCGAUUCGAGCGUUUCGCGAUUGUAUCGAAGCGCGGACCGACGAAGGGGUAGAACUUCAGCAGGACGUACACAUUUCGGCGUUCGCCCACUACGAGCUGGCCAUGUUGUUGCUUCGAAAGGAGGAUGAUGACGAAGACGAAGGAGAGGCCAGGGAAGAAGCGAAGCGGUUGCUGGUGUACGCGCAGCUCAAUUACAAAAGUUUCGAUUUCGAUAAUCGAAUCAACGUCCGAAUACAUUCCGUGCUGAGGAAGCUUAACUGAGUGGCGACGAGCUUACUAGGCGAAGUAGAUAGACAAGCUUGGUAAUUCCAGAAAUCGAUGAUAAAAAGUUGAUAGAUUUUCCAACCAUAGUUAAAUUGUCCGUUACGUUAGUCCAAUCCAGCAGGUUUACUGGAGUAUAAAAUGUUAAUGAAAUUAUUGCUUGUAAGAGGGAAAUACUUCAUCGGUGCCUUACUUGUUACUAGUCGGAGAGAUUAAAAUAAGCUAGCGAAUGCGCGUAUGUUAGAUAAGUGUAGCUUUUGGAAAAGUCCAGGAAAAUGUUUUCAAUGCAAAGACUAAACAAAGUUGUUAUUAAACCAACAAGUGGCUAUGUGUAAAAAGCAAUCCAAUAUAUUUCUAAUAAAGGUUAAA